AUGCGAGAAAACACAACUGUUCCAUUUGAAAUCUCUGAGAAAUCGGGUAUUAUUCGGGUAUCUCAAGAACUGGACUACGAAACUCAACGAGAGUAUAGCUUCAACAUCCUUGCAAAGUUACAGCUUUCUGGAUUUGGAGGACAAAGUUCGCAAGUGGUUACUGUAUACGUGAAAGAUUCGAACGAUCAUUCACCUAUAUGGUCUGCAAAAUGGAUGCGGCAGGGACCUAUCGCUGUGAACAGUGAUACUGCGAUAGGAACAGUUGUCCUCAAGGUGGAUGCGCUAGACUUGGAUUCUGGAGAAAAUGCUCGCAUAGGGUAUAAACUGUCAUCAGAUUCCAAUGUGCCAUUCUCAGUAGAUUUUGAAACUGGAGAGAUUUCUUUGACCAGAAAGUUGGGAAAGGACGAAAAUGAUUGGAACGUUACCGUGUGGGCCGUAGAUGCUGGAAGACCAUUGCCAAGAUCUGCUUUUCUGAAUUUGGUGUUCUACCGGAAUGGAACAAAAAUGCCAGCAAAGCCAAAGCCAGUCGUUGGCACUGAGCCAAGUAACACUCAUGCUCCCAAAUUCGCAGAUUUCAAAGCACCGAUCCAAAUUCGAGAA